UGUCCGAAUCCAGAGCCCCACUCACUCCUUCCUCUAGGGCUGCUGGCCCUUUAAAUCCCCGCCAGUGCUCAUUGGCGAGUGGCGCAGGGCCACGGGCCAAUCAGUGGCCUGCUUGGAGGCUGGCGGGAGGCGCUCUGGUUCCUAAGAGACGGGUGUGAACAAGCCGGCGGCGCUGAUGGAGGGGGUCCCUGAGGAGCCGCGCGCCGGGGCCCGCCGCUUCUCUUCGGCCGAGGAGGCCGCGCUGGAAGUGAGUUGGGUUCAAGGAUUCUCAAACAAGAACUUUGGCUUUAUCAAUAAUCAAACUGUCUGCUACCCUUGUGGCAAUUACAUCCUCUUCCUGGACAUUGAAACAAAGAAGACGACAGCACUGCAGUGUCAGGCUGGCCAGGUGGGAGCCUUCACAGCGAAUGGGAAUAGUCACGUGUUGGCCUUUUCAGACCGGAGGCUGAAUCCCAUCAUAUAUAUCUACACAUUUCCAGAGCUCACUAAACUGACGGAAUUAAAAGGUAACGCUCAGCUGGACUAUACCUUGCUUGCAUUGAGUUUCAGAGGCCCAUAUCUAGCCAGUUUCUCUUCCAUCCCAGAAUUUAUUCUUUCAGUAUGGAACUGGCAAGAAAAUAUCCUCCUUUGCAGCGAGUCUCAGCCAGGGGUAACAGCGACAUCUAUGAGUUUUAACCCUAUGAAUUGGCAACAACUCUGUCUUGUUGAUGAGAGCAAUGUUACUGUCUGGCAUAUUGAAAGAAAUAAUGAUGAACAUCAUCUGAAGCAAAACCCUGUGGAACUCCCUGAUGCACAAGGGUCGGUGAGUCAUCGUACGGAUUUGUUUUUUCCAAUUUCUUAUGAUGAAGACCCAUACUACGGCCCUCUUUUACCAGUUUCAGCCAUUGCUGGACUGGAAGGAGAUGAAGCAGAAACAUUCAUGCCUAGAAAUUAUAUCAAGCCUUUACUACAUCCCACUGCCCACUGCUGGUCUGCAACCUCAGAAGUUUAUGUGGGCUGCAAAGAAGGAUAUGUUUUAGCAAUUGAUUCUGAGACAUGCAGUGUUUCUGUUCUUCAACAAAAACCUCUGCCUGAUCACCUGCGUAAAAUGUCGGAUAUCGUAUCUUAUGUUCAUAAAGAAGUACAGAGAAAGAAAGGUGAUAAACCAACAGAUCUGCAAAAACCGGUUUUAUUUGGCAUGGCAUUUUGUAACGAGGGGCUGUACACAGCUGGAAGUGAGGGCAUUUUGUUCUUUUAUCAAAUCAAAGGUCUGCAGUACGAGAUGAAAAUUUAUGCUGAUAUCUUACAACCCAUAUCCAGCCUCAUAUUCUCCCCUGAUUACACUGUACUUCUGCUUGUCACUGACCAGGGGACACUCUAUACUUACAAACCUGCACAUACUGGAGAAGCUGUCAAAAUCCUGGACACAUGCAGAAGUUGUUUUCUGGCAGCUGAUUUUCUUCCAGGGAACAAGUACUGUGUGUCUGUAACAAUUUCAGGUGAAGUACAAGUUUGGUUGCUGAAAGAUGGAACUGGCCUCAGCAAGCUAAAUCUUAAUGUUCAGGCAACGGCUAUGGCUUGCUGUCCCUCCUCCAACAGCGUUGCUGUAGGGACCAAAAGAGGUCAGAUCUAUUUCCUUGAUGUUACUGAAGCUGAAGCUCCACGGGUUGUUCACAGAAUUUUUGUUUCUGAAUUUCCAGUGCUGUCUUUGCAUUAUGAUCAGAGGGGCCAGUUCGUCAUCGCUAGAGCUACACAAGGACACAUCUUUAUUCUAGAUGCCCGGCCUUCCAAAUUAUUCGAAGUUCUUGGAUAUGUAGAGUUGGAAGGUGAAGUGCUGGAUCUUUCUGUACUUUCUGACUUCAAGAGCGACUUAGUUGAAGUGGUGGUACUUCUUAAUGUAGCAGUGGUCCAGCGGGCAAGACUGGAAACUUUUUGUCUAUCUUCAGCACUCGCAACAGAUAAUGAUAAGUAUGUUAAUGCACAUGGAAUGUUUAAUGCUAGUGCCAUUAAAAUGAAGCGAUAUGAUCUGGAUUACUCUCUGAGCUCAGCAGUCAGGUUGAAGGAUAACACUGUGUAUGGCUACUGCACCUGUGCACCUUUCAUCUGUAAAUACCGUCUCUCUGAAGAGAAUAUGUCAAAAGAUUCAUCAGUGUUUUUAUCAGAAAAGAGGACUCGUGGCAAUCAGUUGGGAUCAGGUUUCCUCUGUUUAUCACCCAACAGCCGGUGGCUGGCUUCAGCAGCAAAGGAUGGUGUUUUGCUCGUCUAUGAUACCUUUACUAUGGAUAUACUUGCUCAAAAGCAUUGUCACUCACAUCAAGGAGGAGGAAUCAGAUCCGUGGUAUUUUCACUGGAUGGUAAAUUCAUCCUCGUUAAUGGCAAAAAUGAUGGUGCCCUGGUGUGUCUGAAAUGGAAGAAGUUAAAGAAAACUGAAGUUAAGGAAGCUGCUUCUUACUGGAAAUCUCUUCUGGCUAUACUGAACAAGUCCACUUCAAAUGAAAAUGCUUUUUUACGAUCUAUGUCAGAAUGUCAGUUUGAUCCAGAAUCCAAAUUAGGAUCACUUCCAGAAGAGAAAGUUAAGGAAGCACCACUUAAAUCUUCCAAUGUAGAGGUGACAGAAGAAGAUGGAAAGAUCACCACUUUGUAUUCAUCUGGAACCAUUGACAUGACAUGGAUAGGUCAGAAAAUAAAGAAGGUUAUGAAAGAAGAGACUCAGAGGUUUGGUAACCAGAAGAAAGAGCUGGAAAUGGAAGUAGAAAAGCUGCAUGAAACAAUUCAGAAAAUGAUGCUUGAAAAUGAACAGGUGCCAGACACUGAGAAACUAGAGCCACAGGAGUUCAACCUGGAUAUAGAAGAACAGGAAAAAGCUCAAGCAGAGGCUGAACAAAAAGUGAUUAUGACUAGGAAGGAGAUUGAGAUGGAGAAUUUAGCCAACCGCUAUGUGCAGCAUGUCAUCAAACGUGAGUGCUGGGAUGCUAUGUAUAUAAAAGGACGUGCAGUUAAGAGCUUCCAUACGGCUCAUGAAGUGAAGAAUUAUCCAUUGAAGAAACGUAGUAAAGAAGAGCUGGAAACACUGGAGAAAGUUCUCAGGUUAAAGAAGGUUGAAACAGCUGAUGUUAAGGAAGAAAGAGAGAAGGCAGAAGUAAUGGCUGAUGAUAGUGCAUCUUGCUGCCUGAUUGGAAGUCUGAGCUCUCAGUACGGUGGAGACACGUCUAUCCUAUACAGCCAAUGGGACUUGCACACCAGGGAGCAGAAAGUCAACCAGAUAGUAUUAUUGCAGGACAUCAUUUACAACCUGAAAACUGCUUUUAAUAAGGAAUUUGACAAAGUUGCACGACAAAAGGAGCAGGACAUAGCACGAGUGAAAGAAAGGAACCGGAGGAUCCAUGAAAUCUUGGCACAACUUGAACUCCAAGUGGAAGUGUGGGAGCCAGCUCUUACAGAUGAUGAGAUGCCAGAGCGAGCAUUCACUGUUCAGGAUUCAGAGAUUAAAGCUGAAAAAUACUUGACUCAAGAAGAGAGAGAGAAAGCAGAAAUGCUGGCUAGGAUUGAAAUGGAAAGACAACUUGCUGCUACGGACAAUGAGAGACUGCGUGCUCUUGAUGACAUGAUGGGUGGAGUGCUAGAAGUCAAAAAGGAAGACAUCUUGAAAAUGGAUAUUCCUCCACCUGCUUUUAUAUCCCAACCUGAGUAUAUUUGGACUGAUGAAGAAAAGGAAAAAAUUAGAGACUAUGAGAAAAAAGUCAAGAAGCUGAAUGAAGAAAAAGAAAAGUACAGAAUGUCACUAGAAGAUGAAUUGGAGAAGCUUGAAGCUUCUAUACAAGAAACAACACAGAAUUUUGAUGAGACUGUACGCAAACUCUCUGAAAAGAAAGUGAAAUUAGAGAUGGUCAUCUAUCAGGAAGAACUCAAAAUAGUCAAUCUUGUUUAUGCUUUAAUGUUGGAUGAAGAGUUGGGCACCAGAGAAACUGGACUUCAUAAUUUCCUUAUGAAAAAGGAGAAAGAAAAAGUCAAGACUGCAAGAACAAUCCAGAUGACAAAAAGUAAAAUUGAGGCUUACAUAGACGCCUAUGAAAAUGCCGUAGUUCAAGAUAAGGAUGUGGAAUCUAGUUUUGCAAGGGAGUUUGCUGACGUACCUGCCAAUUUCCUUGAGGAACUUAUCCAACUUUACAGGCAGCGACCAAAGACUCCAGUGAAAGAAACUGUCCUUGACACAGCUAACCCCUAUGGGAAGUGUUUGGGCUCAGCUGAAGAUAAUAAAGGUGCACUUACCCUUUUAAUGAAAGCCAUGGAUGAACUGGAUAGUCCUGAGCACAUGCCUGAUGGCUUAGAUCUGUCUAUAUGGGAAAAUUUUUGUCUAGCUAGACGAAAUAAAAUGGAGAGUGAGGAGCUGGUGAAAUGGAAGUCCCAGACUCUGGCAGAGAUGCAGGCCUUUCUCCAGAGAAGAGUAGAUGACAGCAAUAAAAUUGAUUCAGAAAUAGAAAACAUUUUCCAGGAACUCACUUGGCUGCGAGAGGAGAAGAUGAAACUUCAGUUGAAUUUGACUAUCCAGUUUUUGCUAAAACAAGGACAAGUAGAAUUGGAAAACACAGAGAUCCCAGAAUACAGUGAUGCCAUUCUCAUUAGUAAGAGCGUUAUUGAAGAACUGAAUCGCAAUAUCAUGGCUGAAGCAGAAAAAAAAAUUGCUAGCAUGGUGGAAUAUAAGGACUUCUCUAAAGGGAUAUUUCAGCUGGAAUGGGAACACAGGAAAAUGAGAAUGCAGAUAGAAGAUUUGCAACAGAAAGCUCGGGAUAUUGUAUCACUAAUUAUUUCCAAAGAUCGCCAGCUACUCCUAACUGUGCCGAACUACAACAGCAACGUUGCCCACCGCAUUUCAGUGAUGGAGCAGACUCUUGGCAUGAUGGAUAAGCUGCACAAGAAGAAUGUGAAGAACCGCCAGAAAAAAGUUAAAGAAUUGGAGAAAUGCAUCCGUUUAAAAGAGCAAGAAAACUAUGAGCUCAGCCUGGAGCUUAAAGAAAUGCUGGUCUCUACUUCAGAAAGGAGGCAUAUCUUUGAGGCAGCUGACACACGGCAUAUUACUGAAAAGGUUGCAAGGCAGCGCUACCAAGAGAUCUUGAAGCAGAAAUACCUACGGGGGCAGAUCAAGGAAGAGAAGGAAGAGUUUGAAAUUCUUCAGGCACAAGUUGAAAGACUGAGAUCAAGAAUAUUCCCUAUUCUUUAAAACUCAGAGUCCAGGUAGAUAUACAAUACCAUGGUCAUGGCUAAGAAAAGGAGCUUUGACACCUUCU